AUGAACAGAUCUUUGGAAAUGCUUGGGGAUGUUGAUCUAGCAGAAGAGGGGAUUUUGAGAUUGCUUUUUGCUGCAGUGUAUCUUAUACUUAAUAAAAGUGGUAAUGAUAGUGAAACUUCUGCUGCUUCAAGGCUUCUUGCACUGGCCACUUGCUUUGCAACAAAGAUGCUUCAUAAAUAUGGGUUGCUUCAACAUAAGAAAGAUACAUUCAUAGCAGAGAGCUGUAACAAGACAACAUUACUUCCUCUUCCACCAAUUGAACCAAUUGAACUACAAACUGAGGUGGAUUUUACUCAGAAACUUUGUGAGAUAUCUCAUUUCUUGGAGAUCAUCCGAAAUCUGCAAUGUAGACAUAGAUCAAUAUUUCAAAGGGCCAGUCAAGGAUUGGCUGACAGUGGAGAAGAGUCCUCUUUAAUAAGUACAGACAUGUUGCAGGAAGAUUCCCAACUUUCAGUUCUUCCAUCAGACUUAGAGUCAUUGGAUGUGUUGAACCAACAGGAAAUUUCUUUUCCUCUUCCAGGCAGUGACAAUAAUGAAAAUCUUGCCCUAGUGUCUGUUGAUUCCGAUUCUCAUUUGGUCUCAGAUGAAUUUGGCAACAUAUCUCAUUUAACCUCGUUAGGUGGAAUUUUAGGCAAGAAGGUGUUGCCUGUGGAAAAUCCUAGAGAGAUGAUGGCACGGUGGAAGGUUGAGAACCUGGACCUUAAGACUGUGGUUAAGGAUGCUUUGCUCUCUGGUCGUCUUCCUUUGGCAGUUCUGCAACUGCAUCUUAUUAAUCAAUUGAAUGAUUUUGUUGCUGACAACGAGCCUCAUGAUACAUUUACUGAAAUUCGUGACAUUGGCAGAGCUGUUGCUUAUGAAUUAUUUUUGAAGGGUGAAACUGAACUUGCUGUUGGUACACUUCAAAGACUUGGAGAGAACAUUGAAUCUUGUCUUAAACAACUUCUGUUUGGCACUGUAAGAAGAUCCCUGCGAACCCAGAUUGCUGAGGAAAUGAAAAGAUAUGGUUAUCUAGGACCAUAUGAGUGGAAGAUAUUGGAUGAUAUGUCACUGAUUGAGAGUCUCUAUCCUAGCAGUAGCUUCUGGAAAACUUAUAAUCGCCGACUGAAAGAUAUCAGCAAUUCAUCAGACCCUGUUUUACCAGUGGAAAAUCAAUUAAGGCUCUUGGAUAACCAUUCAUUUGAUAGUCCUGUCAUUGAAUGUGGUGAGAUAGAUGGAAUUGUCUUUGACACAUGGAUAAAUAUUAGUGAAAGUUCCUCUGCAGUGGAAGUUGAUCAACAUGAUUCUCCUGUUGGAUAUUGGGCUUCUGCUGCUGUCUGGUUUGAUGCCUGGGAUCAAAGAACUGUUGAUCGUAUGAUAUUGGAUCAACCUUAUCACUCGAGCAAUUCUAUGUUGUGGGAUUCCCAACUUGAAUACCAUGUUUCCCAUAACAACUGGAAGGAAGUGUUUAGACUGUUGAACUUGAUACCUACAUACGUCCUAUCAGCUGGAAGCCUUCAACUGAAUUUGGAUGUUUUGCAACCCGCCUCAUCCUUUGGAUGCAAUAUAAAUAUGAAGUCUUCUAAUUAUGGAAGUUUAUUGUGUUCAUUUGAAGAAUUGGAUUCUGUAUGCAUGGAAGUUCCAGAUGUCCAAAUGUUUAGGUUUUCAUCUGACAUAUGUUUUGGGUGGAUGAGGAUGCUUCUGGAGGAAAACCUUGCAAGAAGAUUGAUAUUUCUUAAAGAAUAUUGGGAAGGGACAUUGGAGAUAAUAACUCUCUUGGCUCGUUCAGGUUUCAUAUAUGGCAUAGAUAAGUUAUGCGUAGAGGAUGAUCUUACUAAUAUUUCUUUUAUGAGCGAUGGAGCUGUACAAGCUUUGCAUAAAAUAUUUGUACAUCACUGUGCACAAUAUAACUUGCCAAAUCUUUUGGACCUUUACCUUGACCAGCAUAAUUUGGUCCUUGACAAUGGUUCACUUUAUGCAUUACAGGAAACCACAGUUGAUUGUGAAUGGGCAAGAUGGUUACUCUUAUCGAGAGUCAAGGGGUGUGAAUAUGAAGCCUCACUUGCCAAUUCUCGAUCGAUAAUGUCCCGUAAUUUAGUUCCUAGAAGUGACCUCAGUGUUCUGGAUUUAGAUGAAAUAAUUCGAACUGUUGAUGACAUUGCUGAAGGAGGGGGAGAAAUGGCAGCCUUGGCAACCCUGAUGCAUGCUGCUGUCCCAAUUCAAAGCUGCUUAAAUAGUGGUGGAGUAAAUAGGCAUAGUAAUUCCUCUGCUCAGUGCACUUUGGAGAACCUUAGGCCAACUUUGCAAAAGUUCCCUACAUUGUGGCGUACACUUGUUGGGGCAUGUCUUGGACAAGAUACAAUGGCCUUGUUGGUGCCUAAAGCAAAAACUGCUUUAUCAGAUUAUCUUAAUUGGCGUGAUGACAUCUUCUUCUCUACCGGACGUGAUACUUCACUUCUACAAAUGCUUCCAUGCUGGUUUCCUAAGCCUAUACGAAGAUUGAUACAGCUUUAUGUCCAGGGUCCUCUGGGAUGCCAAUCAUUUUCAGAGUUCCCUAUUGGGGAAACUUUGCUACACAGAGACAUUGAUUUAUUCAUAAAUGCUGAUGUACAUGCUGAGAUAAGCGCAAUCUCCUGGGAGGCCACUAUCCAAAGACACAUUGAAGAACUGUAUGGUCCUUUACUUGAGGAAAAUGGAUUUGGGCUUGAGCAUCUUUUGCAUCGUGGACGAGCAUUGGCAGCUUUUAACCAAAUUCUUGGCCAUAGAGUUCAAAAUCUGAAGUCAGAAGGGGAAUCUAGUACUUCCGCUCAUGGACAAACUAACAUUCAAUCAGAUGUUCAAAGACUUCUUUCUCCACUAGGACAAAGUGAAGAGACUCUACUUUCAUGUGUUUUGCCAACUGCUAUUAUGCAUUUUGAGGAUUCCAUGCUUGUUGCUUCUUGUGCUUUUCUUCUGGAGUUAUGUGGUUUAUCUGCCAACAAGAUGCAUGUUGAUAUUGCUGUGCUAAAACGAAUAUCAUCGUUCUACAAAUCAAGUGAAAAUAAUGAAAAUCUCUGGCAAUUAUCACCUAAGGGUUCUGUGUUUCAUGCAAUAUCCCAUGAAGGUGAUGUAACAGAAUCUCUUGCUCGAGCUUUAGCAGAGGAAUAUUUGCACAAGGAAUCUCCUGUAAUUGCUACUGAGACAGGAGCUGUAGGUAAACAACCUUCACGAGCUCUUAUUCUUGUCUUGCACCAUCUAGAAAAGGCUAGCCUUCCAAGGUUGGUUGAUGGAAAAACUUAUGGGUCAUGGCUUUUAAGUGGAAAUGGCGAUGGAAAUGAGUUCAGAUCUCAACAAAAGACUGCUAGUCAGCACUGGACUUUGGUAACAACUUUUUGUAGAUUGCACCAACUUCCAUUGAGUACCAAGUACCUUGCUGUAUUAGCUAGAGACAAUGAUUGGAUUGAAUUUUUGUCUGAAGCCCAGAUUGGAGGAUAUUCAUUUGAUACAGUAGUCCAAGUGGCAUCAAAGGAGUUUAAUGAUCCACGUCUCCGAGUUCAUAUGUUAACAGUUUUGAGGGGAAUGCAGUCAAAGAAAAAGGCAAGCUCUGCAUUGUUCUUGGAUACACUGGAGAAAGGCAGUGAAACAACCUUUCCUGAGGAAAACAUGUGUGUUCCAGUUGAACUUUUCCAAAUAUUAGCAGAGUGUGAAAAACACAAAUGUCCUGGAGAGGCUCUCUUGAGGAAAGCAAAAGAGUUGUCCUGGUCUAUAUUGGCAAUGGUUGCUUCAUGUUUCCUUGAUGUCUCUCCAUUGUCAUGCCUGACAGUUUGGUUGGAAAUUACUGCAGCAAGACUUGUUAAAGGUGUGAGCAUUGAGUCUGAUCUUUUUGUGGACAGAGAAACUUCAUCCAUUAAGGUGAAUGAUAUCGCCUCCCAGAUUGCAGACAAUGUUGGAGCAGCUGUAAAUGCUGCUAAUGCCCUGCCUGUAGGUGACAGAGUACUUGCAUUUCAUUACAACAGGCAGAGCCCUAAACGACGGCGAUUGAUAACUCCUAUUUCACUGGAAUCCUCUUCUUCUGCACUAUCUGAUAUAUCUCGCACUUCUACAAGUGAAAAAUUAUUUGAUUCCCACGGUAAAACUGUGGAGAACGAUAGAAAAGUUGAACAUUUUGGAUGCGUUAAUGUUCCAAGUGAUUCCGAUGAAGGGCCUGCUUCACUUUCAAAGAUGGUUGCUGUGCUUUGUGAACAACAAUUGUUUUUGCCUUUGCUCAGAGCAUUUGAGAUGUUCCUUCCGUCAUGCCCCUUGCUACCAUUCAUCCGUGCUCUUCAAGCAUUUUCACAAAUGCGCCUCUCAGAAGCUUCUGCCCAUUUGGGUUCUUUUUCUGCACGAAUUAAGGAGGAACCAAUGUACUUACAGGCAAAUGUAGGAAGAGAUGCCCAGAUUGGGGCAUCAUGGAUUAGUUCUACUGCUUCAACAGCUGCUGAUGCUGUGCUUUCAACCUGCCCAUCUCCUUAUGAAAAAAGAUGCCUACUGCAACUUCUUGCUGCUACUGACUUUGGUGACGGUGGAUAUACUACAGCAUACUAUCGAAGGGUUUAUUGGAAAAUUAAUUUAGCAGAGCCUUUACUUCGUAAAGAUAAUGAGUUGCAUUUAGGUGAUGAUGAAAUUUCAGAUGAUGCUUCACUCUUAUCUGCACUAGAGAAUAAUAGGCACUGGGAGCAAGCAAGGAACUGGGCCAAGCAGUUAGAGCCGAAUGGUGCACCCCAGAAAUCUGCUAUGCAUCAUGUUACUGAAUCUCAGGCUGAAUCUAUGGUAGCUGAAUGGAAGGAGUUUCUUUGGGAUGUUCCUGAAGAGAGGGUUGCAUUAUGGAACCACUGUCACACACUUUUCAUCCGAUAUUCCUUCCCUUCUCGUCAAGCUGGGUUAUUUUUUCUUAAACAUGCUGAAGCUGUUGAGAAAGAUCUUCCAGCAAGGGAGCUUCAUGAACUUCUAUUACUUUCUCUACAAUGGCUGAGUGGGAUGAUAAGUCUUUCCAAUCCUGUCUGUCCAUUGCAACUUCUGCGUGAAAUUGAGACCAAAGUAUGGCUCUUAGCCGUUGAGUCUGAGAGUCAGGUGAAGAGUGAAGGUGAUUUCAAUUUUACCUUUUCUACCAGGGAGAGUGGUAUCAAGAACGACUCCAGUAUUAUUGAUCGAACUGCAAGCAUAAUAGCAAAGAUGGACAACCAUAUAAAUACAAUGAGGAGUAGAACUGUAGACAAAUAUGAGUCAAGGGAAGUUAACCAAAUCCCUCACAAAAAUCAUGUAAUAGAUGCUGGUCUUUCAACUACUGUUGGUGGGUAUACAAAGACAAAAAGAAGGGCCAAAGGAUACACGGCAUCAAGGCGCCCACCUCUUGAAUCAGCCGAUAAAAGUGUUGAUAUUGAUGAUGUCUCUAGUACUAUUAAUUUAAAAAAUGAGAUGCAGUUGCAAGAUGAAAAUAUUAAAGUUGAAAUGUCCUUUUCUAGAUGGGAGGAAAGGGUUGGAACAGCAGAGCUGGAAAGGGCUGUACUUUCUUUAUUGGAAUUUGGGCAAAUUGCUGCCGCCAAACAACUGCAAUAUAAAUUCUCUCCUGGACAAAUACCAUCUGAGUUUAGACUUGUUGAUGCAGCCUUAAAACUUGCUGCUAAUUCAACUCCUCCUAGCAAUGUAUCAGUGCCAAUGCUUGAUGAGGAAGUGCAUUCAGUUAUGCAGUCAUAUGGUUUACUGAAUGAUAAGCACUGUAUUGACCCGCUGCAGAUUUUGGAGAGUUUGGUGACCAUUUUUACUGAAGGCAGUGGGCGUGGGCUAUGUAAGAGAAUAAUAGCAGUUAUAAAAGCUGCAAACACCUUGGGCCUCUCAUUUUCCGAGGCAUUCAACAAACAACCAAUUGAACUACUACAGCUCCUUUCUCUCAAAGCACAAGAUUCCUUCGAGGAGGCCAACUUUCUGGUGCAGACUCAUCCAAUGCCAGCGGCAAGUAUUGCUCAAAUACUGGCAGAAUCCUUUCUAAAGGGCGUGUUGGCUGCACAUCGUGGAGGGUAUAUGGACUCGCAAAAGGAGGAGGGGCCUGCUCCAUUGCUGUGGAGAUUUUCAGACUUCUUGAAGUGGGCAGAGCUUUGUCCCUCUGAACCAGAAAUUGGACACUCCUUAAUGCGUUUGGUGAUUACUGGACAAGAAAUACCACAUGCGUGUGAGGUUGAGCUUCUCAUUUUAUCUCACCACUUCUACAAAUCAUCUUCUUGCCUUGAUGGAGUUGAUGUUCUUGUUGCCCUUGCUGCAACUAGGGUUGAUGCUUAUGUCUUGGAGGGUGAUUUUCCAUGUUUGGCUCGCCUAAUAACUGGAGUUGGAAAUUUUUAUGCUCUCAAUUUCAUUCUUGGCAUUCUUAUAGAAAAUGGUCAAUUGGAUCUUCUUCUUCAGAAGUAUUCUGCUGCUGCUGACACAAACACUGGAACUGCUGAGGCUGUCAGGGGAUUUCGAAUGGCUGUUCUUACAUCCUUGAAGCAUUUCAACCCUAAUGACCUUGAUGCAUUUGCCAUGGUCUACAAUCAUUUUGAUAUGAAGCAUGAGACAGCGGCUCUUUUAGAGUCACGUGCAGAGCAAUCAUGUGAGCAGUGGUUUCGUCGAUACCACAAAGACCAGAAUGAAGACUUGUUGGAUUCCAUGCGCUACUUCAUUGAAGCUGCUGAAGUUCACUCUUCUAUCGAUGCUGGCAAUAAAACACGUAAAGAUUGUGCUCAGGCUUCCCUUCUAUCCCUUCAAAUACGAAUGCCAGAUUUCCAAUGGCUAUAUAGAUCAGAAACCAAUGCUAGACGAGCAUUAGUUGAGCAGUCUCGAUUUCAAGAAGCUCUGAUUGUAGCUGAAGCUUAUAACUUGAACCAGCCAAGCGAAUGGGCUUUAGUACUCUGGAACCAGAUGCUUAAACCAGAGGUAAUGGAGGAGUUUGUGGCUGAAUUUGUUGCAGUUUUACCUCUUCAGUCUUCAAUGCUGAUAGAUUUAGCUAGAUUCUAUAGAGCUGAAGUUGCUGCCAGAGGGGACCAAUCCCAUUUCUCUGUCUGGCUCACCGGGGGCGGAUUGCCAGCUGAAUGGGCUAAAUAUUUAGGAAGAUCAUUCAGGUGCUUAUUGAAGCGAACAAGGGAUUUGAAGUUGCGGAUGCAGUUGGCUACAGUGGCAACUGGAUUUGGGGAUGUCAUUGAUGCAUGCACAGAAGAAAUGGAUAAGGUCCCUGACAAUGCAGCGCCACUAGUGCUCAGAAAGGGUCAUGGUGGAGCUUACCUCCCUUUAAUGUGA